CGACAACACUAGGUACAAUCAAAUAACAACAAAUGCAGAUUUCUCUCAUUACAAACAAAUUACAAACUCUCCGGACAGGGAUUUAAUGACAUUUAGCCUCUCAUUACACUACUUCGGGAGCUCCGGAAAACAGGAGCUCUUCGUUUUCUCUUUUACUCUUUUUUUCUGCAGGUCAACGGAUCGAUCCUCGGGGCUGCCGGCAGUUGCAGCAGAAAAUAAAAGAUAAUGGCUCUGAUAAAGGCAAUUCUGAAGUUCCAGUCCACGACUUCAGUACUAUGUCGCAGUACAUCAACAAUUGCAUGCGCUAAUAGUAAUACUUCUUCUUCUUUUUCUCCAUUGUUAAAUUUUUCAUCUGCAGCUAGCAUUGAGGCAGAGAAAGCCGUCACAAAUGGCCCAAGAUAUGACUGGACAAGGCCACAGAUUCAGUCGGUUUAUGAUUCUCCCCUCAUGGACCUGCUUUUCCAUGGAGCACAGGUGCAUAGGCAUUCUCACAAAUUUAGAGAGGUGCAGCAAUGUACUCUUCUUUCUAUCAAGACAGGGGGGUGUUCUGAAAAUUGUUCAUAUUGUCCCCAGUCCUCUCGGUAUGACACUGGUGUGAAAGCACAAAAACUUAUGACUAAAGAUGAAGUUAUUCAGGCAGCAAAAAGGGCAAAAGAGGCAGGCAGCACACGUUUCUGCAUGGGUGCCGCAUGGAGGGAUACUGUUGGUAGGAAGACAAAUUUCAAUCAAAUUCUUGAUUAUGUAAAAGAAAUCAGGGGUAUGGGAAUGGAAGUAUGCUGCACUUUAGGCAUGUUAGAGAAGCAACAAGCAGAAGAUCUUAAGAAGGCAGGGCUAACAGCUUAUAACCAUAACUUGGACACUUCAAGAGAAUUUUACCCCAGCAUUAUAACAACCAGAACUUAUGAUGAGAGGCUUCAAACUCUUGAGUUUGUCCGUGAAGCAGGAAUAAGUGUCUGCUCAGGAGGAAUAAUAGGAUUGGGAGAAGCAGCAGAAGAUCGUGUUGGAUUGCUACAUACCUUAGCAACACUUCCAGAGCACCCAGAGAGCGUACCUAUAAAUGCAUUACUAGCAGUUAAAGGAACACCUCUUCAGGAUCAAAAGCCAGUUGAAAUAUGGGAAAUGAUUCGCAUGAUAGCAACAGCGCGUAUUGUGAUGCCAAAGGCCAUGGUGCGGUUGUCUGCUGGGCGUGUUCGUUUCUCCAUGCCAGAGCAAGCACUAUGCUUUUUAGCAGGGGCAAAUUCCAUUUUUACAGGGGAGAAGUUGUUGACCACUCCUAAUAAUGAUUUUGAUGCUGAUCAACUAAUGUUCAAAGUGUUGGGUCUCAUACCCAAAGCUGCUAGCAUCCCUAAUGAAAGGAUGUGUGACGCUAAUGGGGCUGCAGAGAAUGAUGCAGAUACUGAGCUCAUUGACAGUGCUGUAGUUAAUGCUAGAUGAUUCAAGUCAAGAAAAACAAUUUAUAGAUAUUAAUGAACUUGGUCGGGUCUUUAAUUGAUAGCCACUCCUGCAAUUUGUCCUUUAAUAUGUAUUUGAUUAGUGUUAGAAGCUCAUAAUUAUAAUUUUGCACAUGGCAGAGAUAACAUAGUAGCUCAAUUCUGUAU